AUGGAGAACGUGGCCCGCGUGAACUACAGCCGGCCCACUCCCAUUCAGAAGAACUCCAUUCCCACCAUUCUCGCGGGCCGGGACUUGAUGGCCUGUGCGCAGACGGGCUCGGGCAAAACUGCUGCUUUCCUGUACCCCAUUAUAGCCCAGAUGCUGCAGACGGGGCCCCCCCCCUUGCCUCCGGCUGAGCGGGGGGGCCCCUCCGCCUACAGGCGCAGCGUGUACCCCGUGUGUCUGGUCUUGUCGCCCACGCGCGAGCUGGCCAUGCAGAUCUACCAGGAGGCCCGCAAGUUCCAGUUCGGCACUGGAAUCCGCACUGUUCCCGUUUACGGCGGCUCCCAAAUCAAAAAACAACUCAUGGACUUGGACGCAGGCUGCGACAUUUGCGUCGCCACCCCAGGCCGCCUCGCGGACGUCCUCGAGAGGCGCAAGGUCAGCUCCUGCUGCUCCUGCUGCUCCUGCUGCUCCUGCUGCUGCUGCUGCUGCUGCUGGGGCGCGCGGCCGAUCUGCUGCGCCUGCGGGCGGCUGUCUUUAAAUUUAGGGCUUUGCGAGAAAGUGGUGGCCGCGCUUUUUGCUUCUUUUUUUGUUUUCGCCGCUGGACGCCGCGGCUCGCCGGGCUCGCGGACUCAGUCGCAUUUCUUGAACGACGGAGUUGCACGCGCAGUCGAAACUGCGUCUCUGUUAUUUAUUUUUUGUGCUAAAUGCAAAAGCAUUGAAAUGCAUUUGCUGUUCAAUUUUCACCGGCUGCAGUGGACUGAAUCGCCGUGGCUGCAGAGGAAGCGGGCGAUUCAAGUUCCCCGGCAUUGGCUUGGGAUCUGUGUUUGUUCGUGGAGUUCGUUCGUUUUUUGGCAUUAUUCAGUUUUAUUUUGCUGUUUUUGCGCAUUUCGGCGCAGCAGCAGGAGAUUUUUUGCGUUUGCUGCUGGCUGCUGCUGCUGCUGCUGCUGCGUGCAGAGCACGGGCCGCGCGGGCAACUUGGGCUUGGCCACUUCCUUCGUCAACGAGCAGAACAGACCCAUUCUCCGGGACUUGCUGCACCUUCUCGAGGAAGCAAACCAGGAAAUUCCCAGUUUCUUGCACCCGUUGGUGGUUUCCUGCACUUCUUCUUCGCUGCGGCUCGGCGGCCGCGGCGGCUUCGGCCGCAUGGCCGGCAGCAGCAGCAGCAGCAGACUCGGCGGCGCCCCCGGAUCCUUCAGCAGCAGAACUGCUGCUGGCGCUGCAGGCGCCUACUCCAUAGGCGGCGGCGGCCGCAUGGCUGCUGCUUCGGACUGGCGCACGGAAGCAGCAGCGCCGGGCCGGCCCACGGGCUUCACUGCAGGCAUAGGCUUUGCUGCAGACAGGAACCCGGGGCCCGCCCGCGACGCCUGGUAG